CUGAGGCGCGUGACAUUUGGCUAUGGAUUCUUACGGCGGUUCUGCCUCUUCAGGGGGACCUUUUAAUGCUUUGUUGUUUGUUCAGAAGCCUCAAGUAAUCCUCCGUCUCAUUGGAAUCCUUUGCGCCAUCGUUGUCUUUGCUUGCAUUGCCGAUAAGGUGGAUAUCAAUAACACAUGCUAUUACAACUUCAACGAGCACGCGUGCGAUUAUGGCAUUGCCGUUGGUGUCAUCGCAUUCGUCGCUUGUGCUGCCUUUUUGGUCGUCGACGUUCUGUUCGACCGGCAGAGUAAUGCGCAGGUCCGGAAGUACAUGGUACUGGGGGAUUUCAUUUUUUCUAUUAUUUUGUCGAUUCUUUGGUUUGUUGGAUUCUGCUUCUUGACGAAUGAAUGGAGGAGGACAGAUAAGGAUGUUGCGUCUACUGGCACAGUGAACAAUGCUCAGGCGGCUAUCGUGUUUUCUGUCUUUUCUAUCAUCAUAUGGGUUGCUCUUGCUGUCCUUGCUUAUCUUCAAUACCGAAAAGGACCCGGAGGUUUCUUCCCUUCUGAUUCAAGAGAAACGGGAACGCGUUCUGAUCACAAUUAUUCAUCACUCCCCGGUCAGCACGACUCGUCCGAGUCUUACCAAAAGUCACCAUUUGCAGAAUAGAAUCAGAGACCUUAGAAUAUUAACUUAUUAUACGAGCAAUAGAAACAAUAGUGAGGAAUGCUGUAGCAGCAUACUAUAGGAUGAUGAACUGAUGAGCGUCUAUAUCUAAAAUACACCUAAAACACUUCUGAUUUCAAAUAGCAACUCAUGCUCAAACAACGAACAAACAGCCAGGCAGUCUCGUUCACUUAAUUUUUAAAAAUUUUGCAAAUAUGUUUAGCCAGAUCUUUGUGUUUACAUUUGUUUUUUUAUUCACUGUGUACUUGAUUGCGUUCACAGAGGCACUAAAUUUUUAUUUAAUGUA